CUUGACCAACUCCAGCUUUCUGUCAAGCAGCCUCGCCAACGGCGAUAUUCUCCAGCAUUCUUGGCUGCAUCAAUGCUUUGGCAAAACACAAGUCCCGCUCUGUAUCGGCUUCUCUGCCAGGACCUUUGUCUGCCAUCUGUUCGAAACCUGCAAAGAUUUGGUCAGAACCUUUCCGUCGAAGUUGGAUUGCCUCCAUCAACCAAAGAAUAUCUACAAAGACGAAUUGAGCCACUGGAGCCACGUGAAAGAAUCGUGAAUCUCUUGUUUGACGAAGUUUACAGUGCGAAGAAAUGUGAAUAUGCGAAUGGUCGAUUUUAUGGUCUCGAUGAGGAUCAGGAUGCAUCAAAGACGGUUUAGUGCUUCAUGAUCACAGGAGGUGCUGGAUCUUUCUUUGAUAUUGUGUGCAUGGUGCCACUGACACGAAUCAACAAUGAAGUGAUUAAUGGUUGGUGGUGGAAAGUCGUGGAGUCUCUAACAAUGAUUGGUUUCCGGAUUGUAACAUCCAUUUCUGAUGGACACUCAGCCAACAGAAAGUUUGUCACUGACAACCUACAGUGUAGAAAUGGGAAGAGCCACAUCGAAAACCCAUUUGCUGCACCUCCUUUUAAUCGCAUUCAUCCCUUGUUUGACACCAUUCACCUCAUGAAGGGGUUGUAUACUAAUCUUCUAAACAAAGGCGAGUUUGAGUGUCCGCCAUUUGAAGAUCAGGUAGUUCGGCCACGUUUGAGCCACUUUCGGAGUUUGUAUGAAGAAGAGACUUGUGCUGCAAUCCGGUAUGCCCCAAAACUCAAUCACAAAGUUAUUGCACCGAUGCCCAUUGAACGGUGUAACGUGGACUUGUCUGUCAGAUUUUAUCACGAAUCAACAGCUGCAGCAUUGCGGCAUUAUUCAAAUGAAAGUGAAACGAGGAAAGAAUGGAAUGAAACUGCUGCAUUUGUUGAUAUCGUCAACCGGUACUUUAAGACUAUAAAUGUGAAGACCACAACUUUUGCUGGACGAAAACGAGAUGAGUUCAGGAAACCUGUGUGCCGAGAUGAUACAACUCAAAUUAAAUUCCUACAAAACCUUCUGACUUGGAUUGAAGAAUGGGAAAAAAUGCCAACGAAGAAGAAACUAUCAAGGGAGACAUUUUUUGCCCUGAAAUUUACACUGAGGGGUAUAAUCAAGCUUUGCAAAUAUUUGCUUGUCACAACAGAUUUGUCGUACAUUCUCUUGGGAAAAUUCAAUAGUGAUCCAAUUGAAAGACGCUUUGGAAAUUAUCGGCAGCUUUCUGGUGCAAAUUUUUUUGUAUCUCUGAAACAAAUUCUUGAGAGUGAAAAGAAAAUUCGAAUUCGUUCUCUCAUUAAAUUUGAUAAACUCGACGCUCAAGAUCUCCGUAACCUUUGUAAGGACAAGAAUGAAGCUACGAAAAAACGAGUGGAAGAGGAAUGCGAGCUACUAGUUUCUCUUCUCAAUGACCCUGAGUCCGAUGAAGCCAUGGACCUGUUUGACUUAGAGGAUAGAUUUGCGAUUGUCUUUUAUUGCGCUGGAUCAAUUGCGAGAAGCAUUCUCCUACGAAACAAGUGCGAAAAAUGCAAAUUUCUGCUCCUCGACGACAAGAAAUAUUCAACCGGGGAACAGGCAACAAAUUUGGAUGACUUUCCUAGUGCAACUAAGGAAUUGAAACAAAAUGAUCAAUUCUUAAGUUUGAAUGACCGAGGGGGCUUGCUUCGACCUUCUCAAGUGGUUUACGCCACCUCUCUGUUUGCAUUGAAGCUUCGAGAAGAAAUCUUUCAAGAUGAAGACUUACGCAAGAUUGUGAUGUCUUCAGCAGAUCCAAGAGCAUUGUUUGUGUCUUGUUGGAAGAAGCGUGUCGAAAGUUCAUGUCACUUGUUUCAGGCUUUAAAUCAGCAUUGUGAUGAUGGACAUUCCUUUCAUAAGUUUGUGCCAGAUAUUGGGGAAAAAUGCUUCAAUCUAGCUUCUAAAAACCUUGCCACCAACAUCAACAACAAUGUUCAUCAGAGUAGAAAGCGUGGAGGGGAUUCCGUCCCAUCUUCAAAAGCUAGAAAAAUUAGUAAACUGUCAGGACAUCAGAAAUAAGUCAUGUAAUAUAUGAUAUAUUAAAGAGCAUCGAAACAUUUUUAAAUUACUCAAGAAGUGCGUACAAAAGCAAUAUAGUACAUUUCAUUGUUGGCCUUAGUUGGCGGUGCUCA